GAAUGAAAAAAAAAUCAACAAAAUUACAUCUCUCAAUACGUGUACUUAAAUAUAAAUUUAACCGACGAUCAUGUAUUUACGUUUAACAAAAAUCUUUGGAGCUGAAAUUGAAUCUAGCAACACACACGAUUUAGUCGAAGUUUGAUUGUCGCGCUGAGUAUACUUUCCAUAUAGCUAAAACGGUGAUGAUAUACAACCGAAAAACCGUGUCGCUAAAAUUAUUUCUCAACCAUUGACUAACAUCUUGAAUAUUAAAAGAAAAAAGUUUUGAAUUUUUGUACACAAAAUAUAAUUCAUAAUGGACGAUAAAAGCAAAACCGAAAAUUAUGUGAUCGACGGUCCAAAUAAUGAUAACCCCAAAGGUGAACAUUCGUUACAUACAAUUGUUACCGAAGAAUUGGCAAGAAUUGGCGAUAAAGGAUCAUGGAUUUGGCCACUCUUUAUUCUUUGCACCGUUCCAAACAUUCUCAACGGUUUCCAUGUGUCGUCGUAUGUAUUCCUUGGAAAGAUGCCCACUAGCUUUUGGUGUGUGAUACCCGAUUUGUUAGAAGCCAAUUGGACAACAGAACAAAUGCGAACAUUGUCAACAAAGGAAGGAGGUGAUGGAUGCCGUGUUUUAAAUUAUAAUUAUUCGAUGUUGAGUCAUAUGGCAUACGAUGAGGCUGUAAGAUAUGUGAAAGAUCAAGAUGUACCCGAAGAAGUAUCCUGCUUGAGGAGUAGCACCUUUUAUCACGACUAUUACUAUAGUGAGGGCAACUCAAUCGUCAGUGAGUGGGACCUGGUCUGUGAAAAUAGUUUCUGGCGAUCAACAGUACAGGCAGCUGUAUCGGCUGGAAAAUUUACGGGAGCUACGUCGUUUGGUAUAAUUUCCGAUAAAUUCGGACGAAAGACUGCAUUCUCUAUAGGAUCAGUAGUACAUGUGGUAGGAAGUGUUUUGGUGGCUGCGUCUAUAUGGUACUGGUCGUUUUUAAUCGGACGAUUUAUGCUGGGAUUAGCUACCGGAGCACUGUUCUAUGCUGCAUUCGCUUUGUUAACCGAAAAUAUUGGAAUUAAACCCAGAUCGUGGAUGUCUAUAGUGAUAACAGCAUCGUAUCCGAUUGGAAUGUUACUUUUAGCUUUAUCCGCAAAUUUCUUACAUACCUGGCGACAUCUUCAAAUAUCAUUAACAGUUCCAGCACUGUCGCUAAUUUUGAUCGUAUAUUAUCUCAAAGAGUCACCCAGAUGGUUGCUAGAUAAGGGCCGUGAAGAAGAAGCAUACAAAAUUGUGUUCAAGACUAACAAAUCGAUAGAACAACUACCAAUGAAGAAAGAUGAAACCAAAGUUCAAGAGACUGUAGCUGCCCCAAGCGGCUCCAAGUUGAAGAAUGCAUUCAGUGAACUUGCUGGCUUGUAUGGAUCGAGUAAAUACAGAUAUCUUGCACUUAUCUGCCACUUCUCGUUUUUCGUUAGUUCAUUAUCGUACUACGUGACUGCAUUGAAUGCUGAUAAUUUAGCCGCCAACAGGGUAGUAUAUGUGGCCUCAACUGGACUUGUAGACAUACUCGCCUAUCUCUUCACUGUUCUCACAUUAAAAUUUGUGUGACGUAGAGUUUCCUCGUUCGUAUUGUUUGCAUUUGCAGGACUGUGUUUGUUGGCCCUAUUAACUGUCCCUCAAGAUGCGGCAGUAUGGGUCGUAUCACUAGCGAUGUUCGCUAGAUUUGGCAUAACUGCUGUUUACUCAGUUGUCACCCUUCAUACAGCUGAACUAUUUCCAACCAGUCUACGAAGUUCUGCUUUGGGAACGUCGUCGACAAUUGCUCAUGUUGGAUCGAUAGCAGCUCCUUUUGUCGUCGAUUUUUUGGGAAAAUUUGCUUGGUACAUUCCGACAACAAUAUGUGGUAUAUGUGCUCUGUUGGCAGGAAUUCUAUCGUCAACAUUACCUGAGACUAAACAGAAAACAUUGGAUGAUAAGAAAUGAUCGACAAAGCGGCAUCCAUGUGGUCCGUAAUUAUUUAUUUAUUCGCUAAGCAAAUGUUUUGUGAACGUUUUGAUUCCAACGAACCAUUUUGGUUGUGCGCUUCGGUAUUAUUCAAUACUGAUCAAACAGCCGAUAGAGGUUCGUGACUUUUUUCCUCAAAGAAACCAUUAUUUUGUAAGUA